GGCACACUCAGUGUUAGUUUGAAUUCGGCGCCGAACGGUUUGGCGGGAACGAUUUUUAAAAGUUGCUGUUUGAAGUGGUGCACGUGUUCUAGAAGUUGAAGAUUCGUGUUUUAUUAGAAGAUGAGUUCGGUUGGAUUUCUGCCUGCGGCAGUGAUCGUCGCCGUGGCACUGUUUUGCAUUCAUGCAAACAGCCAAUCAUGCCCGGAAAAAUACGGUCGUUACCCAGUUCCUGACGAGUGUGAUGCCUAUAUUGAAUGCGUUGAAGGCAUCCCCGAGCGCAAGCUCUGCCCCGACGGCCUCCUCUUCAACGACAAGCUGAACCUGUUCUCCUACCCCUGCCAGUACCCCAUCGACGUGGACUGCUCGAGCCGCCCCCGGACCCAACCGGCCAUUCCUUCGGAUGACUGUCCGCACCAGUUCGGCUACUACAAGCUCGGCGACCGGUCCCAGUGCGGCCAGUUUAUGAACUGCGAUAACGGCAAAGGACACGUUCUGGACUGUCCGUACGGGUUGGCCUUCAACUCGGCCACCUACCAGUGCGAUUGGCCCGAUCUAGUGGAGGAUUGCGACGAGGAGGCGUAUUUGGGCUUCCGCUGUCCGCCGCAGGGUGAGCUGAGGGCUCCGAUUCGGUUCUUCCGGGCACCGGACGACUGCCGGAAGUACUUUAUCUGUGUGGACGAUAAGCCAAGGGUUAACCUGUGCGGACCCGAGCAGGCGUUCAACGAGCUGAUCCGAGCAUGCGACGGAGCCGAGAACGUCACCGGAUGUGCCAUUUGAAGGGAUCUAGUAGGCUUGGGGGAGGUGAAAUGUGUACACUUGAAAAUACUCAGAAUUAGACACGUGACUAGACUAGAGAGGUAUAAAUAAUUAGAUUUAUU